CGGCCCAUUACAUGGGUCCAACAUCUGUUACAUUCUCCGUCGCUGUGAAGCUGCUUAACAAAAAGAGAGCGAAAGACUUUUGAGCAACAAAACCCUAGCUGCUCUUUCUUGUGUUUGCCUCCAGAGCUCCUGCAGAAUACCAUCUUUCUCAUCUAGUAAUUUAAGCUUGCAAGGAUGGUGAGGACAAGUGUUUUAAACGAUGCUCUCAAAACUAUUUAUAAUGCUGAGAAGAUUGGCAAAAGGCAGGUUCUCAUUAGGCCUUCCUCCAAAGUGAUCAUCAAGGUUCUCCUUGUCAUGCAAAAGCAUGGUUACAUUGGUGAAUUCGAGAUUGUUGAUGACCACAGAUCUGGAAAGAUUGUGAUUGAACUGAAUGGAAGAUUAAACAAGUGUGGUGUUAUCAGUCCUCGUUUUGAUGUUGGAGUCAAGGAAAUUGAGUCCUGGACAGCUAGGUUGCUUCCUUCCAGACAGUUUGGAUAUAUUGUGCUUACAACUUCUGCUGGAAUCAUGGACCAUGAAGAGGCUAGAAGAAAGAAUGUUGGAGGCAAGGUGCUUGGCUUCUUUUACUGAUGAGAGGAGGAGGUUUCACAGAUUGUCUUAAAAUUUUGGAUUAGUACUACAUCCCUGAAUGUUUUUGCCUUUUGUUUUUGUCAUUUGAAGUCGAAUGUAGUGCCGCUUUUAUUACAUCUAGUAUCACCCGCGUGUACUCUGUUGUGUUUUUCCCUAUUAUUUUCCAAUGGAAUUGAGAAUAGACUUUUUACUAGUGA